CCACUCACAUAGAGGAUGACAGCCAAGAGUAAUGAUGUGCAGAGCUCCCCAGCUGCCCUCUGCCCCUGUCCCCCUGCCCAGGCCCAAGCCAGGAUGGGGCUCAGCACCAGGAGGACCUCCUCAGCCCAGGAUGACACCUCAGAGCUGCAGAGAGGAGCUUCCCUGGAGAGGGAGGAUCAGCCAUCUGCCUCUGCACCCCAAGGCAGGCAAACCCUGGCCAGGAUAGUCCAGCUGGUGCUGAUGCUGAGAGACUGGGCCAGCAAGAGCUUGCAGGAGGAGCAGCAAAGGCCAGACCCCUUCCUUGGACGCUUCCAGGGCCCUGAGCUCCAGACAGUGGCUGCGGAGCUGGCAGUGGGCUAGACUGAAGAGGAGAGCAAAAAGAGGAGGUGGCAGAUCUUUGUGGUGGACCCUGCAGGGGACUGGUAUUACCGUUGGCUGGCUGUCAUCACAGUGCCUGUCCUCUAUAAUUGGUGCUUGCUCAUAGCCAGGGCUUGCUUCAGUGACCUGCAAGAGACCUAUUCUGUCCUCUGGCUGGUGUUGGACUACGUCUCAGACUCGAUCUACGUUGCGGACGUGGUGAUGCGCCUGCACACAGGUUUCUUGGAACAGGGCCUCCUGGUUAAAGACCUGAAGAAGUUAAGGGAUAACUACAUCCACACCUUGCAGUUCAAGCUGGAUGUUGUCUCCAUCCUGCCCACAGACCUGGCUUACUUUGCUGUGGGGUGGCACCACCCUGAGCUGCGUUUCAACAGGCUCCUGCGCUUCUCCCGCAUGUUCGAGUUCUUCGAUAGGACUGAGACCAGAACCAGCCACCCCAACGUCUGCCGCAUCAGCAACUUGGUCCUUUACAUCCUGGUCAUCAUCCACUGGAAUGCCUGCAUUUAUUAUGCCAUCUAAGGCUUUGGAGAGGACACCUGGGUCUACCCCAACGUCACAGACCCUGAGUAUGGGUAUCUGACCCGGGAGUACGUCUAUUGUCUCUACUGGUCUACGUUGACUUUGACCACGAUCGGUGAGACCCCUCCCCCUGUGCGUGAUGAAGAGUAUCUCUUUGUGAUCUUUGACUUCCUCAUCGGUGUCCUCAUCUUUGCCACCAUCGUGGGCAACGUGGGCUCCAUGAUAGCCAACAUGAAUGCCACCAGGGCAGAGUUCCAGGCCAGGGUGGAUGCCAUCAAGCGCUACAUGCAGUUCCGCAGGGUGAGCAAAGACAUGGAAACCAAAGUCAUCAAGUGGUUCGACUACCUGUGGAGCAACAAGAAGGUGAUAGAUGAGAGGGAGGUCCUCAAGAAUCUCCCUGAGAAGCUAAGGGCAGAGAUUGCCAUCAAUGUUCACCUGGAGACGCUGAAGAAGGUGAGGAUUUUCCAGGACUGUGAGGCAGGGCUGCUGGUGGAGCUGGUGCUGAAGCUUCGCCCUCAGGUCUUCAGCCCAGGGGAUUACGUCUGCCGGAAAGGAGACGUUGGGAAGGAGAUGUACAUCGUCAAGGAGGGGAAGCUGGCAGUGGUGGCAGAUGAUGGGAUGACACAGUAUGCCUUGCUGACUGCAGGAGGCUGCUUUGGGGAGAUCAGCAUCCUCAACAUUAAGGGCAGCAAAAUGGGCAACAGGCGCACGGCCAACAUCCGCAGCUUGGGCUACUCUGAUCUCUUCUGCCUGUCGAAGGAGGAUCUUAUGGAAGCGGUCACAGAGUACCCUGAGGACAAAAAGGUCUUGGAGGAGCGUGGCAGGGAGAUCCUGAUCAAGGAAGGGCUGCUGGAUGAGUCAGCUGCAGAGGCAAGUGCAGAAGGGAAGAGUAUGGAGGAGAAGCUGGACAGGCUGGCUUUGAACCUGGACACGCUGCACAGCCGCUUUGGCCAGCUCCUGACAGACUACAGUGACGCCCAGGUGAAGCUCAAGCAGCGCAUCAGUGUUCUGGAGUCCAAGGUGAGGCAGCAGGAUCUGGAGGACUUCUUCUCUGAUAGCUCAGACAGUCUGCUUGAGGACGAGGAGAAACCUUCACCUGGUGGAAGGCAAUGAGGGGAGCUGCAGAGGUCAGGUCACCCCUGGCUGAGUGCUGAGACACUGCUGUCUCACAGGGCUGUGUCUGCCUUGCCAGGGACUUCUCUCAGGUCCUCAGCAUUGUCACUGCUGUGCCAGGCAGCUCCUGAGAUGUCAUUGUCCUAGCUCCUCCUCCAGCCUGUGCCUUUGCUUCUUGCCUUGGUCUGAGACCUUGGAGUUGGAUCACUAAAUAGAGAAUGGCUAAUGCUACUGCUGGCAUUUCCUCGCAGCUCCUGCAAAAGGUCUGUGCCCAUCACACCUCC